AUGGAGCAGGAUUCCUUCCCUGGACUUCCACCAUUUCCAACCCACGUGUCCACCGCACCUCUCGUUCGUCUCUCGCUGGAAAAACUCCUAGCCCACGACGUCGCUGAAAUCAAACGCCUGGUGCAAGCCAGUGAAGAGAUUGGGUUCUUCUAUCUGCAUCUGGACUCAUCGAGCGGUGCGCAACUGCUCAGUGACGCUGACCAGCUCUUCGCGACCGGCGAGGAGCUCUUCCUUCUCGAUCUGGAGGAAAAGCAAAAGUAUGACUUUAGCGACCAGAAUUCCUAUUUCGGAUAUAAAGCGCAGGGUGCAGUUGUCGUUGAUAAACAGGGAAAUUUGGAUCGGAAUGAAUUCUACAACGUCUCCAAGAACGAUAUUCUCGGUUUAACCUCCCCCCUCCCAGCACCGACCAUUCUUCAAUCGACCCGAACCAAUCUCGAGUCCUUCAUCACGGCCUCCCAUUCCAUCAUCACUCUCCUUCUCUCCCAUCUGAACGAUUCCCUCAACCUUCCCCCCAACACUCUACCCUCUUUGCACCGUCUACGCGCCCAAAGCGGCGACCAAGUUCGCUUCAUCAAAGCACCCCCACAACCUAUAGAUGACCAUCGUACUGCGAUGGGCGAACACACUGAUUUCGGCAGCAUCACGAUCCUCUUCAACCGGCUCGGUGGACUGCAGGUUCUUCCGCCGGGAGAGGAUGCGAUCUGGACGUAUGUGCGGCCGUUGCCCGGGCACGCGAUUAUCAAUCUGGGAGAUGCGAUGGUGAAGUUCACGAAUGGACUGUUUCGGUCAAAUAUUCACCGGGUGGUUGCGCCGCCCGGGGAACAGAGUACCUCGACUAGGUUUAGUCUUGUGUAUUUCUCGCGGCCGGAGGAUGAUGUCCCCUUGAGACGGUUGGAAGGGACGGAUCGGAUCCCGCCGCUUGGGGAGGACGAUGUCGAGGAGACCGUCUUGAGCAAGGAUUGGGUGAUUCGGAGGGCACUAGGGAGGAGAGGGAAUUUGGAGGAUAUUGAUUUUGAGAAGUCUGCUGGGACAGAGCAGUUGAGUCGGAGGAUUAAAGUGUGA